UCUCUGUAUCCCCCCCCUCCUUUUCUCCCCAGCUCCAGCUCGACUCGGUCUUCCGCCGCUGCUCUUGUUGCGGUUCCUGCGUGCCCAGCCAUGCCCAACAUCGUGCUCUUCAGCGGCAGCUCGCAUCAGGAUCUGUCCCAGCGCGUGGCGGAUCGGCUGGGGCUGGAUCUGGGGAAAGUGGUGACGAAGAAAUUCAGCAACCAGGAGACCAGUGUAGAGAUUGGUGAAAGCGUAAGAGGGGAAGAUGUUUACAUCAUCCAGAGUGGUUGUGGAGAAAUAAAUGACAAUCUGAUGGAGCUUCUCAUCAUGAUCAAUGCUUGCAAGAUUGCAUCAUCCUCCCGCGUUACAGCAGUAAUUCCAUGUUUUCCUUAUGCAAGGCAAGAUAAGAAAGAUAAGGACCAAGGUAGAUGGAGCCGUGCUCCCAUAUCUGCAAAGCUUGUUGCCAAUAUGUUAUCAGUUGCUGGCGCAGAUCACAUUAUCACCAUGGAUUUGCAUGCCUCCCAGAUACAGGGUUUCUUUGAUAUCCCGGUGGACAACUUGUAUGCAGAACCAGCUGUGUUGCAAUGGAUCAAAGAAAAUAUUGUUGACUGGAGAAACUGUGUCAUUGUCUCACCUGAUGCAGGUGGAGCAAAAAGAGUCACUUCAAUUGCCGACAGACUGAAUGUUGAAUUUGCCCUGAUUCACAAAGAAAGGAAGAAAGCCAAUGAGGUGGAUCGAAUGGUCUUGGUUGGGGACGUGACUGAUCGCGUAGCCAUCCUUGUGGAUGAUAUGGCAGACACAUGUGGCACGAUAUGUCAUGCUGCAGACAAGCUAGUGUCUGCAGGAGCAACUAAAGUUUAUGCUAUUCUCACUCAUGGGAUCUUCUCUGGCCCUGCUAUUUCUCGGAUCAAUAAUGCUGCUUUUGAAGCGGUAGUUGUCACCAACACAAUCCCACAGGAAGAAAAAAUGAAGCAUUGUCCCAAGAUUCAGGUUAUUGAUAUUUCCAUGAUUCUGGCUGAGGCAAUCCGAAGAACACACAAUGGUGAAUCUGUGUCCUACCUGUUCAGCCACGUCCCACUAUAACUGCAAACAAGCUUUGGCAUGCUGUGUUCAGCAGUGUGAUGACAAAUAAUGCAGCUCAAUGCUGAGAUAACAAAUAUCUUUGAAAGCUUCGACUACGCCUGCAUUCCCUCUUUUAGUAUGGACAAUAACUGAAAUGGGCAACAUAUAUAUAUAUAUAUAUUGGUUACAACUUUUAUCAAUUUUCUUUGGAUUUUAAAAAGAGAACUAUACUAUUGCCUGUGAUUUUAGAUGGCCAAAUACAUGAAAAAUGGCAAGACAAUAUUUUUUCUAAGGCCUAAGUUAGCUCAGGCGUUUAUACCUAAAAGGAGUGCACUUGCUGAGAGUUACUGAGCCAGAAUAGAAACUUAUUCUAGUGUACAGAUUUUAAAGAUUUAGAUAAAUGGCCUGUGAUGUUCCCUUCUGAGGAAAUCAGUCUCUGUCUUAAUCAUUAUUCCAGGCUUAAGCUUAACUACUUUGCCCUCUCAUCCUGAGAAAUUUCUGCUUCAGAUGUUUGUUCUAAAAAGCUAUGACCUGGGAUACCACAGUACAGUGUUUCAUGGAUUGCUGUGUUAAUUGCAAAUCAUAGGGAGCUGCCUUAUACUGAGUCCAAACAUUGGGUCUCCAGGGGUUCAGAUGGGGGACAUUCCCACUCCUAGCUGGAGGUUCCGGGGACUGGACCUGGCACCUUCUGCAUAUAAAGCAGUUGCUCUACCACUGAGCUAUGGGCCUUCCCAUCUUUGUGUCUCAACUGAUGUGGUAUCCCAGCCUGGAACCUCUAAUACAUUGAUGUUCUUGGGAACAAAGCAUAUGCAGUUCUUGCAACAUGCACCCACGCACAAAACAUCUGUAGUUACCAAUACCCAGUAGUAUAUUUAGUUAUUCUAUUUUGCUCCACGUUAGUGAGCCUCUUCCCAUGUUAAUUUUGUGGCAUGGAAGCCAUUGCAGUACAGCUUCUUUCUGCACCAUGGACUGUAAAAUCACAGGUUCCAGCUCAAGCCCCAAGUAAACUGGAAGGAGCCCACUAUGCCUCUCCUAGAAACUGGGGCAACACUGGCAUGGAAAGGCGCUUCAAAUGCGAAGCUGCCAUCUAGCCUGAACAUUACCUGAAUGGUGUGGGCAGCCACUACAGCAGUUCCCAUCCUGUGAAGGGACCCUGGGUCUCUAAAUAUCCAGCCAAUAUAUCAUUUUCAGUGCUGGUCUGUGCUAUGAAAAAAACCAAUCAUAAACUUUCAUAAUAAUCCCCAUUUAAAUUUUUAAUAGUAACUAUAUAUUGGAAAGUCUGAUAUGUAAGUAUUAGCAUGAGCUUUCUUCUAGUCAGCUGGACAUUCUUCUUACGCACAAGGCAAAAAGAAACAUUUCAAAGCAUCUGCCUUCCUGCAUUUUCACUGUAUUAAAAUAUUGGCAUUUGUUGAUUUUUAAAACCAAGGACCAUGCGUAUGCUCAGUCUCCCAUCUGCAGGGGAACUGAAACAGUCCUUUAAAAAACUUUGUUGUACAAAUUGUGAACAGUGAACAGGUUUUUAACAACUGAUUGCUAAACAGUCAUUGAGACAGUUGCCUAACUAACUCUUUCUCAAAACGGAGAGUGGAAUCCAUGUAAGUCAGUGGCAAAAAGUUGCUUUUAAUGGAUGCAGGUUGCAUCACUGGAUCACACUGCACAAACAAUGCCUUUUGAAUUUUUUUGGUAAUAGUCAAAAAACAAUACAGUAAUGAUGAAAAACUGCAUAUAAUUUUAAAAUGGCUUCCACUUUCUUAAGCAUUUAGAUAUAUUCUGUACAGCUUUUUGCAGUAAGAGAAAAGAGGAGAUUUAGAAAAUGCAGAGUUUUAAACCAAAAAGCAUUUUAGUCUGUCUGCUUACCAAAACAAUUUACCUUGCUUUAAAUUCAGAGUCUUGGUAGUUUUUGUCACUUAUGAAAAAGAAAAAGGGGGGUUCAAAACCCAAAAUGACCAAAUGGUGUAAAAAUGAUUUAUUUUAUCUUCUUAAAAAUGCCCAACGCGUUUCGGCUUUUUACUUCCAAAUAAAAAACACAAAGAAAGGAAAAACAAGAAAGGAAGGUAAAGAAAGCGCUGUAAGCAACUAGAAAAAAAAGUCCCCUGACGAAGGCUGAUAUGCAGUAAAGCCGAAACGCGUUGGGCAUUUUUAAGAAGAUAAAAUAAAUCAUUUUUACACCAUUUGGUCAUUUUGGGUUUUGAACCCCCCUUUUUCUUUUUCUUUUUGAUUAUUAACCACCACUACUCCAGUUUUUGUCACUUAACCUACUAAAAAAUGUUUGAUUCCUUAAUUCUUUGUAUUGUUUUUACAACUUCUCUCUUUGUCCACCAUGACCAAAGCUGGAAUAAAUGAAGCCCAUUUUUUUCCUUAUGUGAUAAAUUAUAGAUUACGUUUGUUUCAAAUGAUAUCAGGAAAGGUUUGCCCAUUAUUGUGUUGACGUUUCUCAAUAAAUCUUGAAACAGCAUUAUACUUACA